UUCGUGCGACCCGGCGACAAGAGAACAAGCAACCAUUGAACAACGAGAGAGAGAGAGAGAGAGAGAGAGAGACAAAGAGAGAGAGGGGAGAUCUCGCCGGCGGUGAUGGCGGACGGAGAGGGAGAAGGAGGUGGAGGAGGGCAAGAGGGAGUGGGGGGAGGAGGAGAGGCGUUGGUGGAGGAGAGCGUGAAGCUGUUCGUAGGACAAGUGCCGAAGCAUAUGACGGAGGCGCAGCUGCUGGCGAUGUUCAAGGAGGUGGCGAUCGUCGACGAGGUCAACAUCAUCAAGGACAAGGCAACCAAGGCUUCACGAGGCUGUUGCUUUUUGAUCUGUCCGUCUAGACAGGAGGCGGAUAAGGCUGUCAGUGCUUGCCAUAAUAAGCGGACGCUCCCUGGGGCUUCAAGUCCUUUACAGGUAAAGUACGCAGAUGGAGAGUUGGAAAGACUAGAACACAAGCUUUUCAUUGGUAUGCUUCCAAAGAAUGUAUCUGAAGCUGAAGUUUCUGCUUUGUUUUCAAACUACGGUAAUGUUAAGGACUUACAAAUUCUAAGAGGUUCUCAACAAACUAGCAAGGCAGGUUGUGCCUUUCUGAAGUAUGAGACAAAGGAGCAGGCCCUAGCAGCCCUUGAGGCCUUAAAUGGAAAGUACAGGAUGGAGGGCUCAAGUGUGCCCUUGGUUGUGAAGUGGGCGGAUACAGAAAAGGAAAGACAAGUGAGAAGGGCACAAAAAGCUCAAUCAUAUGCCUCCAAUAUCCCAAAUACCAACUCAAUGCAACAGCCCUCGCUAUUUGGGGCCUUGCCUAUGGGAUAUAUACCUCCAUAUAAUGGUUUUGGCUAUCAGGCACAUGGAACUUAUGGACUUAUGCAAUAUCCAAUUCCUUCAAUGCAAAAUCCAGCUUCUUUCCAUAAUUUAUUGCCACCUGCUAAUCAAGUAAAUGCAUUGCGUGGGAUCAGUCCUGAACAUUCCCCUAGUAUGGUGCAUAGAAAUUUACCAGCAACUCAAAUUGCUGGUUAUGUUGGCUCAGCAUAUCCUGGUGUUCCAGGUCUUCAAUAUCCACUCACCUAUCCAGGUGGUUUGAUGAGUCAGAGAAAUUUGGGCAAUUCUCAUGGCAUGGCCCAACCUAUAAAUGUUAAUAGUAAAUCAGCAACAUCGGCAAGCAUCUCUACGAGUUCUGGUGGUCAGCUUGAAGGUCCACCUGGUGCAAAUUUGUUUAUAUAUCACAUACCUCAAGAAUAUGGUGACCAGGAGCUUGCAAAUGCCUUCCAAAGAUUUGGCGGGGUUUUGAGUGCUAAAGUUUUUGUUGACAAAGCAACUGGAGUUAGCAAAUGCUUUGGUUUUGUAAGUUAUGAGUCCCCAGCAUCUGCCCAAGCUGCUAUUAAUGUAAUGAAUGGUUUUCAGUUGGGAGGUAAGAAGCUGAAGGUACAACUCAAAAGAGAUAACAAGCAAAGCAAACCUUACUGAAAUUUCUUAGGGUGUAUCUUUCUUUCUGGUAGCUUCCUUACCAGAUUCCAAUUCUUGCAAUUUAUCACAAUGUUGUAUUCUACUGCAGAUUAUUUGUAACCUUUGUAUAUUAUUACUUUCAUUAGACAUAAGAUAUUAAAUUUAAUUCA